AGCAGUCUUUAAUUAUUCCCUCGAGAGAGAAUCUACGCAUCCUCCAUUCCACGUACGACGUAUCAAGUUUUCAACAUUUUGCUUCGGAAUUCCCAAUAAUCAUCGUCUGUUUCAGACCUUCCUACUCCGCUAGUGGCCCUGUUUAUUUACGGUAGAAAGUAAAGAGAGAGAGAGAGAGUGUGUGUGUGGGGGGCACUCAGGUACGCGAGAACAGAAGACAAGCCUGAAACCACUUUCUGUAAGAACCCAAGUGUAGGAUUCACCCACGAGAGCAGCCCCCCCCCCCCCCCCAAAAUCCAAUCAUGCCAUCCGGUCCCAAGAAGAGAAAGGCUGCAAAGAAAAAGAAAGAUAAGGAAAUCCACAACAGCACCAACCCCUCAACCGAAAACCCUCAAGGAAAUGACGAUUUGAAAUCUCAAGAUGGGAAGGAAAGUGAUGAUGGUGAGGUUAGUAGCCCUGUAUCUCGGGACCAGGAUAGUGAUCAGAAUCCAUUUAAUGAGGGGAGUGAGGCAUUGGGGGAGAGAGAUUCAUCAUCCAUUCGAUCAUUUGUUGCUGAGGAAAAGUCUAUGUUGGGAGUCCGUAGUGAUGUAGAGGAUGCCCAGAAAAUAGGCUUAGAGGAUGAUGGUGGUGUUGUAAUCAAAAGGGAACUGAAAUCUGAGGAGAAUUCACAGAGCAAAAAUGUUAGCGUAGAGCAUGUUGAGUCUGCCAAGGAAUCACAUGAUGGGGAUGAGCGGAGCUUUAGCAGUAGUGGUCCAGGUGAUAAGUCCCAAAUCACUGAGGAAAAACCAAAGGAGGUUGCUUACAAUUCAGGUUUGGAAGCAAGAUCAUAUGAUGAUUUGGAUAAGCCGGUUGACUCAUCCCAGGUGGAAGUGACGUGGGUUGCUGACGAUGCACUGACUGGGGAGACUUCUAAUUCAAUUCCAGAAAGUGCUACUUUUGUUGAUUCUGUACAGUCAGUGGUGCCUGUGUCCCAAGAGACAAUUGAAAUGGCCCUUAGUGCUCCAGUUGAGAAUCCAGUGAUUAUGAACGUGGUUGAAGUAAGUGAGGAAAAAUUGUUUCCUAAAUCAAGGGAGGGUCCAGCAGCUGUGACGGAUUUUUCAUUGAAGAAAAGUGAGGAAGUAUUUCCUUUAUCUCAUGAAAAUGUACACGCAUCUUCGAAAACAGUGGAAUCUGUUUCAAAUGGAUUUGAGGGUAAAAUAUUGGCGUCAUCAAGUGCUCCUGUUGCUGCAACUGGUAAUGAUGCAGCACAUGUCAUGAUUCCUGAAUGCUCUGAGAGCCAGGCUAUAGAAGCGCCAGCCCCAAAAGUGGUGCAAAGAACCUCCUGGUCGAGUUGCUGUGGAUUAUUUGAGGUGCUAGCAGGAUUCGGGAGAUAAGUUCAGCUUUUGCCUUCAAAGACCUUAAGUUGUGCAUGUGACACAAGCAAAACAGAGCAUGUAUGGGCCGUGGUUUCCUUUUGAUGCAUACACAGGGCACACAUGGGCUUCAGUCAACUGGUGAAGCUUGUGAAACUUAGAACGGAUUUGAUCUAGAGAAAUUUUGUUAUUUCCUACUAGAAUUGUUCUUGGUUUUUCCCAAUAAAUAUCAGGCAAGAGGCUUGAUCAGAUAAACAGCCUGAGGUUUGUGGUUAUAGUAUCAAUAUUUGUUGGCGGUUGGCGGCUUAGUGUCCCUAGCUAUCAGUACAUAUCUUGUUAAUUUUGUAGUAUUUUUUUAAUAUUCUAGAUGGUGUGUUGUACCUAGUUGCUUUGCGUUGGUAUGGAGGUGGUGUGAUGUUGAUUUGCAAUUUCGUCUUUGAUAUUAAUAUUUCCUUGAUUACUUUCAUGGUGUUUUCUAGCGGAUAUGAACUCACUCUUUUUUCAAGAAAUUUAUUUUUUGCUUUUA